CAGAAAAUGUCAAGAAGGACUAAGAGAAAAACAGCAAGGAAAUACCAUGAAGCGCCGGUAGACUGUGAUCUCUUGUUUGACUUCGGAGAAGAAAGUGAUGCUACAGAGUAUACCGUAGAAGAAGAUUCACUGUUACCUAAAUAAAUACGAAGAUAGCAUCUACGAUCUUAGUGAGUAUAGUGAGAUAGGAUACUCAUCAGUGUGCAAUAAAAACCUCAUUGGAAAAGAUAUUGAAAAAUCAGAUCAAAACUUGAAUGAAAACCAGAAGUACCAAAAUAAAUUCAAGAAAACCCGCAAAACUCGCAUGUUUAAGAAAUACUACUUGAUAUCUCUCUUGGCCCUCUUGUUCAUCAUUGCUUGUGUGUUCUACUGGAUCUUUAGAGAAAACAGGUUGCACAGUUUUAAUGCCCAUCAUCGUAAAUAACUACAUAUAUAAAUUAUUGCAGGCUUUGAGUUCAUUUUUUAUAUACACAUCAAGGAGCUUCCUCUAAGAUUUGGGUAAAUAUUCUGUAAGCAUACAUGAAAACUCUCAGGAAAAUUUUUGAAUUAGCUGUUUUGGGUUAUUUUCAGGCAGAAUGAUUUGUGUUGAAUAAAAAAUAGGUUCUAAUUUUGAU